AUGCUUUUGGCAGAGUGUCCGGAAAAGUAUCAGAGUACAUCUGGUGCUCUGCUUGUUGGCAAUCCGUGGGUGGAAACUGUGCGCCUUAAAGGCCGCAGACCGUUUUCGCAGCUCCCUGGUGCCGAGGAAGAGGUAAAAAUGAUUGGACAGAUAGUUAACACUGAGCCCCUCACUGGAAAGAAGGCCACAAAAGAUCAAGUGUUAAGCAGGCUCAACUCAGUGUCCUUAGUCCACAUUGCAGCUCAUGGUCGUAAAGAAACCGGUGAAAUUAUCUUGUCUCCUAAUCUUCCUGGUUCCGAUAGGCCCAAAGAGGAAGACUUUCUUUUGACGAGGGCAGAUGUAUUAAACACCAAAUUGCGCGCCAAGCUUGUUGUCCUGAGCUGCUGUAACAGUGGGAGAGGGGAGAUCAACUCCGAGGGCGUGGUUGGAAUUGCACGUGCCUUUCUGGGAGCCGGUGCACGUUCUGUUAUUGCUUUACUGUGGGCAAUUGACGACAAGGCCACUCUGGCGUUUAUGAAAGUCUUUUACGAACAUUUAGCGGCAGGGCAAAGCGCAAGUACGUCCCUCCACCAAGCCGUGAAAUGGAUGCGGAAGUCUAAACUUUUCAAGGCUGUGAAGCACUGGGCGCCAUUUAUGCUGAUUGGCGAUGACGUGACAUUGACUCUGGGCCAACAAAGGUGA